AUGGCAAUAUGGAUCGCUUUUAUUUGGUUUCUAAGCUCCGUUCAUCCAGUGAAGAAUAUUUUCAUUCGCAACGAAAAUUAUGGCAAUGCAACAAAACUAGGGAUCGCUUUAAUCUUGGUACUAUUCACUGCCGUUCUCUACGGCAAAACUUAUUUUGCGUUAAGAAAACAAGCGAGAUCCAUGAUUGGUAAAAAAACUAAAUUUUCUUCGAAGCAACGUCAGCAUGCGCCCGGCAAAAGCAGUUCGAUGGAGAAAGAAAUUUGUACUGAAAGUGGAAAUCGGGAAGGUGCUCAAAAUCAGGAUAAUAUUGUUCAAAACGGGAGUAAACGUGCUCAGAGCUUCAUGGAUGAACGUGCUGAAAAUCAAAAUCUUCGUGCCGAAAAGCGGAAUGAUCGUUCCCAAAACGAUUGUGAACGUACUGAAAUUGAAAACGAACGUGCUAAAUGUCACAGUGAACGUGCCCAAGGUCUGGAUGAACGUGCUGAAAGUCGAAAUCAUCGUGCUGAAAAACUGAAUGAUCGUGCUCAAAGGCAGUCUGAAUGUGGUGAAAUUGAUAAUGAACGUGCUAAAAAUCACAAUCAAGGUGCUCAAAAUAAAAACGAUCGUGUUGAAAGUCAGAAUGAACGUGCUCAACGCGAAGACCUCUCCAACAAAAGGCCUAAAAAUUCACAAGUAAUCAACAAUACAAAGGAACAAAAGUUCUUAAACACUAUCAUUAUAAUUGCAUGUAUUACUGUCGCUACAGUGAUGCCAAGAUCAUUUUAUGGCUACCUUGGUGGUUGGGUAAUUCCAUCUCCAGACAAAACCAGGAUUCUUAAUGCCGUUUUAGUUGCGAUAUUUUGUCUUAAUUUUGCCGUUAAUCCUUUUGUCUAUUGCUUACGUUUGAAGCGAUAUCGGAAAACGUUUAAAAUGAUAUAUGGUUGCCAACAUUGA